AUUCAUUUUAUUUACAAAGAUAUAGUAUAAUAGCAAUUAAAUAUACAUUCUAUAUUAUAUAUCUCAUUCGCUUAUAAUGUAUUUGUACCGCUAUUUUGUAAUUAGUGCACUUACAAAGUAAACUGUACUGUUAAUAAUAAUUAAUUUUUUUCUUAUUUAACUUUCCGCAUUUAAAAUUUGAUUUAUAUGUUGUCAAUUCUUGCAAAAACUCUAUUUUUCUUCGAUGUAGAAAGUUACGAUUAACAAAACAAUUACUAUAUCAUAAAAUGAUAGGUUAGAUUAAAAGUAAUAAUAUUGAUAUUGCGCUACUAAAAAGAUUAUCUCACUCAAGAGUCCAUAUUCACGAGCCUUACCCAUAGAUCGCACCUGAGAGAAAUUAAAAUAAUUAAUUAGAAUGAUCGUUUUAACUAUUUUCUAACCUAACACACUCGGAAAGAGACAGCUUCGAAGUUCACCCGUCGGAGUGUAAAACAAGACUGGAUCGAAAAAGGUCACAGUCAGUUAAACGUUCAUUUGUUUUUGUUGGUAUUAAACGUAGUUAUCGUCCUGGAGAUCAAAAUUUAAUUCUAUUGACAUAUUAAAUCGAAAUUAUUUUAUAUUUAACGUGUCUUACGAGCUAUGUAAUGUUUAAAUAAUUACAUUAUUAAUUAUUAUAAUUAUUACAAUUAACUAAAUUAUUAAAUAUUAUUUUAUUCCACUCUGUGUAUAUCACACAUGGUUUAAACAAUUAUAAAAUAACCAAAAAUAUUAAUUUUUUAAUCUAAAAUAUUUCGAAAGAAAAAACAUCGAUGUUUAUUAUUGAAAGACAUAAUUUCUUGAAAAUUCGCGCGAAUAAUAAUCAUGUAAUGUGACACAUAGAAAAUACUCAAAAAAGAAGACAGAGAUCUUUGUAAGACAUUAGCGAUUAAAUUUAUUAUAUAUUACCUUGUUCUUUUAAAUGUUUUUUUUUUUUUUUAUUAUUAUAAAUCAUCAUUAUCAUAUAUAUUGUAAGAUAUACGUAAUUUAUAUAAUAUAUAAGUGUAUAGAUAUGUAUUUCUUUUUUUAUUUCUUAUCAUUACAAUACAGUAUUAAUAGUAAUAAUUAUAAUGUAAAGUAGACUAAACUACAAAAAAAGAUUGCGUUGAGAAUUUUACCUCGUAGAUAAUAUAGAAACGAACUCAUGUUUUGAUUUUUGUAAAAAUAAUAUAUAAUAUAUAUAUAUAUAUGUAAGAAGAAUAAAUUACUUGUCCAUAUUCGUCUAUAUUAAUAAAAUAAAAUUAAAAAAUUAGGAAAAAAAUCUGAAUACUUACUUAAUUUUUAUGAGUGAUAUUUUUGUUAUUUUAAAUAGUAGAACUUCCUGGCAAAUUUUUCUAAGUAUAGCCUACUGCGAUACUUUCCCUAUACUUUUUUUAUACACAAGUCAUUCUCCGAUAAUAUUGGCUCCACUGUAUCCAGACAGGGCGUGUUUAUAUGUAUAAAACUCUGUAGGACAAAUUUUUCAGUCUUUACCAAUCUAAAAUUAGUUUUUUGAAACUAUCGCUAAAUUUGUUCAUUUUAGAAUUUUCUAAUGAUGUGAUCUCCAUACGUUCAUUGUAAUAUGAAUUCACUUUAAAUAUAUUUGCAAGAUAUAUCCGUAAACUUUUUCGAAGAUUCUAUCGACAAGUUUAUAAUUUGAUCAUUCUUUUUAAGAUUACUUCAUUAAUAAAUAUUUACAUAUUCGUGUAAAUAUUUUUUAUUCUAAUCAUUAGAUCGAUGGUUUGAAUUUCGAACUUAUAGAUUGAUUGGGUAGAUUGGUCGGUGCUGACAACCAAUCAAUGAUCUCCAAAUAAAGCACGUUAACACAUUAAAAACGUCAAAUAAUUUAUAUCAUCGUUCGUAAUGUAACAGCAGUUAAUAAGCAAUUGUGAAGUGAAAUAAAUCUUGUGAUAGAAUUUUUACGAUAAAAAGAGUUUUACCGAUUAACAGUAACAUAGCGAUUAUCAAUAUUUUGCUAUCUUUGUUUUACUUUAUCUAAUUUUAUACGAGUUAUAUUGAAAUUAAAGAAUAUGUGAAUAAAACGUUUACGCUUAUUAAUAAUAAUAAGCUUUACGACUAUUAAAUGUUAAUCAAGCGUUUGGUUUUUAUAUACUAAUUAUAUUGCAACGCAGAUCGUUAAACCAUAGUAAUGGUGCAAGGACACAUAUCAAAGAUUCAAUAUCAAGCAGCUGAUGAUGAAUUCUAAGCAAAAUACAGGAAAAAUAACAUUGGGUAUGAUUAAAGGUAAACCAUUUACAACAUCUGUUCCAAUAAUACGUUAUCAUGCAAAUGAUGAUGAUUUGGAGGAGCUGUACCUUAGUACAGAUGAGGAAAAACAACAAGAUUUGGAAAAUGAAGAAGUUUCAUCUCAAUUAUCCUUAUCGCCAUCAAAAAUUCCAGAUAAAAAGACUGAUAAAGAGAAAAUGGAAAGUAAGUUAGAGCAAAGGUCUUCUAGUAUUGAUGGAAAUUUGUCUGAAGGGACAUCUCAAUCUUCGGAUCCUUGGAGAGUACUAUCGGAGAUUAAAGGAAAAAUUACAAAAACAUUUGAGGAAAAACUUUAUGAAAUAAAAAGUGAACACAAAAAAGCAUGUAGACAUAGUAAGGAAAAUUCAAGUAUUAGUGAUUCAGAAGAUUUAAUAGAUGUAAUACCAACUGAAAAAAGUAUUUCUGAAAAACAAGAGAAAGAAGAAGCUAUUCCACUUGCUGAUAUUAAAGAAGAUAGUAGCAGAUUUAUGAGUUUCUCUAAUAUAAAAGUUGGUAUAAAAACAAAAAAUUCAGAAGAAGAUAGUAUUGAAAGUGGAGUAGAAGCUGCUGAGUUGAAUGAAAGUUUUCUUAAUGGAACAGAUGACAAAGUGCAGAGUAAUCCACCAGAUAUUAAAUGUAUUGAUAUAAAAAAUAAUGAUAAAAAACUGCAUGAUACAUUCAACCAAUCAUUAUUACACACAAUCCUGUUUUCACCUAGGACAGAACCUAAACCAACAUUCGCAUGGCUUAAAAAUGAACUACUCCAUCAGUUGUUCCAUCGAAUAUUUGUUUUCACUAUGGUAAUCGCUUGUUCUUACUACCUUGUUCCAUUUCCGGAAUAUAUUCUUGGCUUUGUUGGUGGUGUGCUCGCAUCUGUUACAGUAUAUAAUACAGUAGCAAGCAUGAAAAGAAUAUUAACAGCUGUACCUGAAGACAAUGAUAUAUCAAAACAUAAGGUUCCAGUCGUAGAAAUACCUGCAGUAGAGGAGCACGCAGUUUUAGAGAGAUUUGAGGGAUGGUUAAAUGAGUUACCAUACUUAUAUGACCCGCAAAAUUAUCACGUGGCACGCACAAAGUCUGUUUAUUUCAGACUAGAGGGUGAAACAUUGCGCAUAAUGGAAACUAGAAUGAGAAUACCAAAAAGGGCUGUUUGGGAUGAACCAAAGCACAAACUCAAGUUCACUCGGAGAAGAACUUAUAACCUGGCUGCUGCAAAGAUAGAAUUACUUCCUGAAGGUCUUAUUAGAAGAAGGAGAUGGAGCAAAAAGUAUCCAAUUUGUAUUACGAUAGAAAAGGGAGCUCUGAUUGAAAAUGUUGCUUUGAAAGACUGUUAUAACAAAGAAACUAAUACUAUUAAAAAUAACAAAACGAUUAUAGAGGAAGAUACAGAAAAUCAGCUAGAUAAAAAAAAGGAGAAAGAAGAGAUUAAAGAGGAUGAAGAACAAAUAGAACAAGAGGCUGAGGAUGAAAUCGACGAAGAAGAUGAUGGAGACGAAACCGAUGAAGAUUUUACACAUACACGGAAUCUGAAGAACUCUUUCAUAGAUCACAGUGAAAAUGACCAAAAUGAUAUAUGCAAGCUAUAUAUUUUUGCAAGAGCUGAUCGUCAAAAAGAAGAUUGGUAUAGACGUUUGAUCAUUGCAGCAAGCUGUAAAAAAAGAAGUUCUAUCCCAACAAUGAACGAUAGUUUAAAUCAGUCUCAGUCACAACAAACUAUCAACGAAUCGAAAGUUCCGACAUCGCCGAGUCCUGCUUUUGACCGUCCUCCAGAACUCAAUUACAACGCAUAUAUGACUCAGUACCUUGAUACUGUUUCGACAACUCCGAUUACCGAAAUCGAUCCUCCUCUUUCCAUGUAUGACAUGACAUGGCUUAAUUGUUUAUUGGGUCGUAUAUUGUUCGACAUGCACAAAUGUUCUGAAACUAUAAAUCUGAUUCAAGACAAAAUUCAGCGAAAACUUUCUAAUAUAAAAUUACCGUAUUUUAUGGAGAGUUUAUCAGUAACAGAUAUGCUCAUAGGUCAGAGAGCACCAUUUAUUCAAGACACAUCAAAGCCAAUAAUAGAUGAACGAGGGCUCUGGAUCGAUUUGAAUGUAUUAUAUAAGGGAUGCUUAACUAUGACUAUCGAAACAAAACUAAAUCUUAUGAAAUUAACCAGGGCUGGUUCCAUGUCCAGUAAUUCUAGUGAUUUGAUAGCUGGAGAAAAGUCAAAGACAAUCAGGUCACCUAUGUUUGACAGUGAUGUAGAAGAUAGUCCAGAAACCUCAACCGAGGACGAUGAUAAAUCCAAUAUGACGAUGUAUACAACGUCAAAAGAUACACCCUCCACCCAGUCUUCAGGGAAAAAGUUCCUUAGUAUGGUAGAUAGAUUGGCUGCAAGUAAAUACUUUCAGCAUGCGACCGAAUUAUCUUAUGUGCGAAAGGCAAUGGAAGGUGUUUCUAACACUGAAAUUCGAUUAACGGUCAGUGUCUCUGGUAUAGAAGGUUGCUUAUCUGUAAACAUUCCACCACCACCGUCUGAUCGGCUUUGGUAUGGUUUUAAGCCAACACCGAGAAUUUCGAUUACUGUAACACCUGCUGUAGGCGAAAGAAUAUUAAAUAUCGGUUAUGUGACAAAAUGGAUCGAAACUAAAUUGCUCCGAGAAUUCGAAAAAAUUGUCGUUUUACCGAACAUGGAUGACCUUGUUAUAUCACUAUGUCCAAAUUAUCCUUAUGUCACAACGUAAAUCUUUUUGAACGACGUGUAAUAAGCGCAAAUGUAUUCACAAGAUGUAAAUUUUUGCAUAGAUUUUUAAAUUUGAUGUCUAUAUUUUAUUACCGUGCAAUUAUAAAAGGAUUAGUAAUGUUGUAGUCGAAGAAACGUUUUAAUUAUAUACAAUAAAAAAAAAGAAAGAAAGAAAGAAAAAACUGAUCUGUAAUUAGUCCACCUUGAAAGUUCAAUCGAUGCAAAAAUAUAUUUUUAAAGAGCAGCGGUAAAUAAUAAGUAUGAUUUUGGAAAAAAUACUAAGUAUCGUAUUGUGAAAUUAAAUAAGUAUAUAAAUAUAUAUUUUUUUUACUAAAAUAAUAUUUCAUAUUAACUCUCUAUUAAUACAAAUUUACAAGAUUAACAAAUACGUUUCAUUACUUGUUGAAUUAAUUGAAAGCAGGAGCUAUAUUUGAUAUUCAAGGUGGAAAAAUAAAAAUAACAAUUUUCAAAUAUUUCUGUUAUACAAAAUAAACAAAAAAUUGAAGAAUCAAUAAAGAUAACUCUUUUACGUGUACUUAUAUACAAGCCUCACUAAAACUCGAUUUGAAAGUCGAUAGUGAGCGUUUGCUAUAAAAGAAUACCUCGUGCUACUUGCAGUUAAAGGAAAUUGGUCGAGUGAAAGUCCGAACAUAGAAAUGUUUCUACACGACAUGUAAAAGAUAGAGAACUACUUUGCGGACGUAUUUAUGAUAAUAGCACGUGAUGAUUUGUGCACAAUUCUUUUGACGUCAUUAUACAUACGUUUUAUAAAAACAACGUCUUCUUGCGGUUAUUUCGUCUUUGAAAUUUACUUCGAUUCUAAUUUGUAUAAGUUCCUUAUUAUGAAAUAAUACGAUUGCAGACCUGUCAAUUGUGUUGCGUUAAGUUCGAAGCGAUGAUACCGUAUGUAAUGCAAACAAACAAUAAACGAUUAUCAAAGCGAA